CGCCCCCAGCAUGGAAAGAGGACACGCCCCCAGCAUGGAUACAGGACACGCCCCCAGCAUGGAUACAGGCGGCAGGGACAUGCGCUCCGAGACACUCUCACUAUGCCGGCCAGCGUCUGACGCCAACAUGGGACUGAUCACGUCCAACUUUAAAGAGUUGCUGCAAUAAAACCCAGACUUCUUUUCUUUAUUUUUAUUUUUAUUUUUUUUAAGGGGACUCGCACCGUGUCGUCUCCCACGCAGGAUGUAAAGACCGACGAGACUUGGUGAGAAGUCUCCGAUGAGAGCCGCCUCUUUUCCGCCACGACACACAAAGAGAAGCAGGCGGCAAGUUCUUUUCCUCCACCCGCCCUCCACGCACCCACGCAGGCGUUGUCCCGGAUGUCCUAGCGGGGCCGCGACAGAGACACCAUGGAUCACUUUGCAGCGGAGUGCCUUGUCUCCAUGUCCAGCCGCGCGGUCGUCCACAGCCGCGAGGCCAAGCCGGAGAGUCCCUCGCCGGUGGAGCCUCCGGCGAAGGACAACUCGUCCCUGUACGUGGUGGCCCGCAUCCUGGCGGAUUUUAACCAGCAGCAGAGCCCCGGGGGCAACAAGGCGGAGAGCGCGGCCAGCCAGAGGGAGGAUGGCGGCCGCGCCACACCUACCGCCGCGCUUUGUUUCCCGGAGCCGGCGCUCAGACAAAGAGGCAAGAGGUCGCGGGGUCGCCAGGAGCCGCCGGAGUCCCCGCAGAAGAAGCACAAGUGUCACUACGCGGGCUGCGAGAAAGUUUACGGCAAAUCCUCGCACCUGAAAGCGCACCUGAGGACGCACACAGGAGAGCGUCCCUUCCCGUGUACUUGGCCCGACUGCAGUAAGAAGUUCGCCCGCUCCGACGAGCUGGCCCGCCACUACCGCACCCACACGGGCGAGAAGAAGUUCGGCUGCCCGCUCUGCGACAAGCGCUUCAUGCGCAGCGACCACCUGAUGAAACACGCCCGCCGCCACUCCAACUUCCAACCGGGCAUGCUCAAGAGGCCCCUGGGCGCCGUCGCCGUCGGUGUAGGCGCCCCCCGUCCCGGCUCCCUCAGCGACUACAGCCGCUCGGAUGCCUCCAGCCCCACACUGAGCCCCGCCCUUAGCCCCGCCCUCAGCCCCGCCAACUCGCCUUAAACUGAACACACACACACAAAAAAGAAAUCGCACUUUCUGCCUCCAAUGCGGCAAGUUUUAUUUUAUUUUUUGGACUCCUGGUAACACUCGUGUUGCACACCUCUGUCAGCGGCGACCACCCCGGCCCCCGUGCCCCUCCCCCUCCUCGCUCGUGGUGUACAGGACUGCUUCUUCUUGUCGUGUAGUCCUAUCACAAGGUUAGGGCACUAUUUACAUCCUCCACCAUGUAGUUCGCUAUGUUUGGACACACCUCUUCUUCUCUAUUCCCAUGACUAUUUAAAUUGUAGAUUGUCACACCAAAACUAGGAAUGAACACAUGUGGAGUUAUGUAUGUCACAAAAAAAAGGCUAAAAUAACUGAAAACAGGUUUUAUAUUCUAGUUCUGUUAUGAUCCGCUGCCUGGAUCAUAUUAUGAUUUAGAUUUUUGAGUCUUUUUGUGUUUUUUGUUGGUUUUGGACUCCUUCGGUUCCUGUUUGUGCACCUCUCAGUUGGUUUCCAUAGUUACUCAUUAUUCUGAACGUGCACCUGUUUUGUGAUUACUGUCAUUAUUUAAGCCUGCCUUCUCCAGUAAGUGAGUCUUACCAAUUACUUUUUAUUAGGGUCCGCCAGGCCCAUUGCAAAAGGACUCCACAGGAGUCCUUUUGCAAUGGGCCAAAGGACCCUAUUGAAACUGUAAGGUUUUAUUAUUAUUAUUAUUAUUAUUAUUCUUUGUUAUUAUUCCGCACCAUCGCACCCUAAUUUGACCCCUAAACAUGCUUCAAAACUCACCAAAUUUGACACACACGUCGGUCUGGCAAACUUUCCCAACUUAUUAAGCAACCAAACCCCAAAAAUCAAAAUUGCGCGUUAGCGCCCCCUAGGAAUAAAAUCAAAAAAGAGACUGCUUGUAACUUCCGUUAGCAAUGUCAUAGAGCCACGAAACAAACACCUCUUGUUUUGAUUACUGCUCCGGUUUGGAUUUUACGCGCCUUCAAAGAACCCCUGCGCAAAUUUUCCUAAAAAAUUUGCUGUUAUUUGAACCCCUUAAAAUGCUUCAAAGUGCAAGUUAAAGCUCUACUAUUUAAAGCGAAAGCCAUUUAUCAACAACAUCCAGAAAAGCCGAUCUGUAAUUUGACCCCCUUAACAUGCUUCAAAACUCACCAAAUUUUACACACACAUCAGGACUGGCAAAAAUUGGCAUCUAAUAAAAAAACAAACCCUAAAAACCAAAAUUGCACGCUAGUGCCCCCUAGGAAGAAACAAAAAAGAGACUGCUUGUAACUUCCGUUAGCAAUGUCGUAGAGACACGAAACAAAAACCUCUUGUUUUGAUUACUGCUCCGGUUUGGAUUUUAUGCGCCUUUAAAGAACCCCUGCGCAAAUUUUCCUAAAAAACUAGCUGUAAUUUCAACCCCUUAAAAUGCUUCAAAGUGCAAGUUAAAGCUCUACUAUUUAAAGCGAAAGCCAUUUAUCAACAACAUCCAGAAACGCCGAUCUGUAAUUUGACCCCAUUAACAUGCUUCAAAACUCAAAAAAUGUUCCACACACAUCAGGACUGGCAAAAAUUGACAUCUAAUAAAAAACCAAACCCUAAAAAUCAAAAUUGCACACUAGCGCCCCCUAGGAAGAAACAAAAAGGAGACUGCUUGUAACUUCCGUUAGCAAUGUCGUAGAGACACGAAACAAAAACCUCUUGUUUUGAUUACUGCUCCGGUUUGGAUUUUACGCGCCUUCAAGGAACGCCUGCGCAAAUUUUCCUAAAAAAUUUAAUUUUUGCCUCUUUGAGCUGUAAUGUGAACCCCUUAAAAUGCUUCAAAGUGCAAGUUAAAGCUCUACUAUUUCAAGCGAAAGCCAUUUAUCAACAACAUCCAGAAAAGCCGAUCUGUAAUUUGACCCCCUUAACAUGCUUCAAAACUCACCAAAUUUUACACACACAUCAGGACUGGCAAAAAUUGGCAUCUAAUAAAAAACCAAACCCUAAAAAUCAAAAUUGCGCUCUAACGCCCCCUAGGAAAAAACCCAGACAAAACUGCUUGUAACUUCUGUUAGGAAUGUCGUAGAGACAUGAAACAAAAACCUUUAUGUAGGUCUGACUAAGACCAGGGUUUGAGUCGUAGGGACAGCAGCCAAAGCGAACCCGACCAACGCUGAUUGUUUGUUUUGAUAUUAAAAAAAAACAACAACUUAUUUCUGUGACGUGAAAUCCAUUUCAGGUGACUACCUCUUGAAGCUCAUGGAGAGAAUGCCAAGAGUGUGCAAAACGGUAACCGGAGCAAAAGGUGGCUAUUUUGAAGAAACAUGUUUUCAGUUAUUUCACCUUUUAUUUUGUUAAGUACAUAACUCCACAUGUGUUCAUUCAUAGUAUUUUUUGUGACAAUCUACAAUGUAAAUAGUCAUGGAAAGAAAGAUUGACUGAGAAGGUGUGUCCAAACUACCAUGUUUAUGUACUUGUCCUGGCAACAACAAAACACCAUUUAAAGAAGAGAAACAAAAACCCCACACAGCCCUGAUGAGUCUUAUACAAAACCUUUUGUUGUUUUCCUUGAAAAAAAAAAAAAGAAAAGCGUGUGUACACACUCUUCAAAACAGCCCCACGCCUCAGGAUUGAAGAGUGACCACAAUACUUCACGGACAGACUGCACAAAAUAUUCAUCACUUUACUACGGAAUUCAACCAGCUCGGCUGGACUUCUCGCCCCCCCGCUCAGGGACGGCCUCCAUCGCUUGAAGGAAGGGAGUGGAGCAACCUAACAGAAAUCUAGUACAGUACAUCCGCUCGCUUUUUGCAUCCAAUGGCGGGAGAGGAUCCCUCGCUCCGGCACACUGGAACCAAAUUACCAAAGACAAGAAUUGGACAAAGCGAGGACCCCGGGGGGGGGAGGGGCGGUAAGUUUGGUUGUUUUUGACCUGGGAGAAGCGCACAUGUCCUGUCCAGAUAUCUGCCGCCUUCGGACCUGAUAGUAAGAAAGGAGAGGGGUUCCUUUUUUAUCAGGACCGGAGCAGGAGGCGGCUACGCCCUCAUUUCCUGAUUAUGCAAAUGAUCCAAUAUGGGGAGGGCAUGGGGGGUGAUAAUGAUAGAGCCGCUUUCACACAGAGACGCACGCACCGGCGCCUUAACGGACUCUGCACGGGAGUCGAACCUACACCCUCGUUUAGAGCUGUUAAAUGGUUCCACUAAAUAAAGUUAAAGUACCACUGAUAGUCACACACACACUAUUUGUGGUGAAAUUAGCCUCUGCAUUUGACCCAUCACCUUUGUUAGACCCCCUCAGAGGUGAGGGGAGCAGUGAGCAGCAGCAGUGAGCAGCAGCAGUGGCCGCGCCCGGGAAUCAUUUUUCGUGAUUUAACCCCCAAUUCCAACCCUAAUUGUAUUACUGAAGUUAAGUUAAAGUACCAAUGAUAGUCACACACACACUAGGUGUGGUGAAAUUAGCCUCUGCAUUUGACCCAUCAGGGGAGCAGUGAGCAGCAGCGGUGGCCGCGCACGGGAAUCAUUUUCGGUGAUUUAACCCCCAAGUCCAACCCUAAAUGUAUUAUUGGAGUUAAGUUAAAGUACCAUUGAUCGUCACACACACACUAGGUGUGGUGAAAUUAGCCUCUGCAUUCGACUCAUCAGGGGAGCAGUGAGCAGCAGCGCUGGCCGCGCCCGGGAAUCAUUUUGGUGUUAAACCCUAAUUCUAACCCUAUAUGCAUUAUUAAAGUUAAGUUAAAGUACCAAUGAUAGUCACACACACACUAGGUGUGGUGAAAUUAGCCUCUGCAUUUGACCCAUCAUGGGAGCAAUGAGCAGCAGCGGUGGCCGCGCCCGGGAAUCAUUUUUGUAUUAAACCCUAAAUCCAACCCUAAAUGCAUUAUUAAAGUUAAGUUAAAGUACCCAUGAUUUUUACACACACACUAGGUGUGGUGAAAUUAGCCUCUGCAUUUGACCCAUCACCCUUGUUGCACCCCCUCAGAGGUGAGGGGAGCAGUGAGCAGCAGCGGUGGCCGCGCCCGGGAAACAUUUUCGGUGAUUUAACCCCCAACUCCAACCCUAAAUGCAUUAUUAAAGUUAAGUUAAAGUACCAAUAAUUGUCACACACACACUAGGUGUGGUGAAAUUACCCUCUGCAUUUGACUCAUCACCCUUGUUACCACCCCUGGGAGGUGAGGGGAGCAGUGAGCAGCAGCGGUGGUUAUUUUGCAAUGCAGUCUGCUGAAAAUGAUGGAAAUUGACACUACAUAGAGCAACUGGUAGUCAAAUGUGCAAUUGCCACAAAACACAUUUUAAGAUACUCGACACUUUACUGCCAUCUGAUGACUAAAGUGGACAAUGUACCCUUUGAUAUGGCAUAUUUCAUGUGUCAGGUUAAUUUGUGACAAUCCCCUUCUUACUGCAGUCCAGCUGACUGAGGCUGAGCCAAUUGGUGGCCACGAUACUGAGGAGCGCACUCUGGCUGGUUGGCCAAUACUACUGUAGUAUCGACGUUUUUAUUUUACUUUGUUUCGCCACUUCUAGGCUUGAAAAUGCUUCAUUUAGGACGUUUUAGGAAAAGCGUAGAAUAAGUUUGAUAGAAAAAAAAUUUUUUUAAAACUGGUGAUGUGGUUUGGCCACAAUAUUAAAGGCCAACAGAAACCCACUACUACCGACCACGCAGUCUGAUAGUUUAUAUAUCAAUGAUGAAAUAUUAACAUUGCAACACAUGCCAAUAUGGCCUUUUUAGUUUACUAAAUUGCAAUUUUAAAUUUCGCGCCGAAAGAUCCUGUUGAAACGUCGCGGUAUGAUGACACGUGUGCGUGACGUCACGCAUUGUAGAGGACAUUUCCCAGCUAUAAGUCGUCUGUUUUCAUCGCAUAAUUCCACAGUAUUCUGGACAUCUGUGUUGCUGAAUAUUUUGAAAUUUGUUCAAUGAACAAUAGAGACAUCAAAGAAGAAAGCUGUAUGUGGGAAGCGGUGUAUUGCGGCCGCCUUUAGCAACACAAACACAGCCAAUGUUUCAUUGGUUACAUUCCCGAAAAAGAUGACGGUGAAGCUUUACUAUGGAACAGAGAUGUCAAGCGAACACGGUUGGAUUGGACCACACACACAAAGUACAGUGUAUUAUGCAGCGAUCAUUUCAAAAGAUCGUGUUUCGAAAAGGGUCCCUUGCGAAGGGCAGAGAUGGGCGUUGCCACCACCCGUCGUCUAGUGAUGAAGAAAGGUGCGGGGCCGACCUUCAGGUUGUACAGGUACGACCAUAUAAUCUCACUAAAACACUAGUAACACAAUAAGCAGAUAAGGGAUUUUCCAGAAUUAUCCUAGUAAAUGUGUCUAAUAACAUCUGAAUCGCUCCCACUGUAUAGUCUUUUUUUUCUUCUAGUCCUUCACUCUCACUUUCCUCAUCCACGAAUCUUUCAUCCUCGCUCAAAUUAAUGGGGAAAUCGUCGCUUUCUCGGUCCGAAUCGCUCUAGCUGCUGGUGGCCAUGAUUGUAAACAAUGUUCAGAUGUGAGGAGCUCCACAACCCGUGACGUCACACGCACAUCGUCUGCUACUUCCGGUACAUGCAAGGCUUUUUUAUUAGCGACGAAAAGUUGCAAACUUUAUCGUCGAUGUUCUCUACUAAAUCCUUUCAGCAAAAAUAUGGCAAUAUUGCGAAAUGAUCAAGUAUGACACAUAGAAUGGACCUGCUAUCCCCGUUUGAAUAAGAACAUCUCGUUUCAGUAGGCCUUUAAAGUGCGACAUGGCAAGGAGACUCGUCUUGCACUCGUCUUCAGAAGUCACAGCUUUUCUUCCCGUCACUCACGCACACCCUGCUGACUCUCGCUGCAAGGGGGGAAAAACGCCACAAAUGUUCCUCACGAAAAUAAGAAGGGGCGUCCUAAUUUGGGGUUGCUUGCCGUGGGAAAUUCCCCUAAAAAGGUAGGGAAAUGCCGGCUUUACCAGACUGUGUGAAAGGGGCUCUGGACUGCGAGGGAAUUGUUAGCACCCCCCCCCCCCCCUCUUCCCCCCCAGCACCCCGUGAGAAAGCCCACUAGUGUUUCCACACACGCACAUAUACACGCCUCCAUAAGUCAGGCUAAAAAGAAAAAAAUUAGCGCUAUCCAAACAGUCCAGUGUGUGUCAACGUCACACACACACGCACACACACAUCCAGACGAUCGCCAUGGUGACGGGCACGUCGUCCUCGCCGCGCCACGUGCAUGUUAACAACUGUGGCAGGUGGACGUCCAUGAAUGGAGGGCCUUGUCCCCCCCCCCCCCCCCGGGUGACGACACCCAGCACAGCAAGUCCGACUUGGAAUAGAGAAACCAUACCACUGAGGGCUGAGCGUGUGCAAUUAUUGGAACGAAAAAAAAAGGCUUUGAAUGAUUUAUGGGUGGGGCACAAAUGACCUCAGGGUCCAGGCGGGUGUUUGUGGCCGACCUUACUGCUGGUCAGUGAACGCCACGUUUCUUCCUCUUCUCAUUUCAGUGUCCCCGCCCCUUUAAGACAAGCAUCCAUCCAUCCACUGUACCAAAACUACUUGAACAAUUCAACACAGAAAGCCAUUGAACACCCUUUUUUUGUCCUAUCUUAAGAAAAAAAAAAAAGUUUCAUCUUCAGGUUUAUUUUAUUAUUUGAUUUUGUAUUUUUGAUGUCAGAGUGACAGGUCUCUCCUCUUCCCAAUUCUAUCUCAUGACCUUAGUGUUAAAUUUCAAACCAUUUUUAUGUUGAUUUUUUUUUUUUUUAAGUGUGUAUAUUUUUCCCGAUCAUACCUCUUAAUUACUAUUUUUUUUUGUUCUUUUCACCCGUGGUGUACAGUAGCGUGAUGAGUAGUAGCACAAAUAAUUCGCGGCUUAUUUGUUUCUACUUGAACAGACCUGGGCAAAUUAAGGCCCCGGGGGCCACAUUCAAUCUGGCCCGUCGGACAUUCUCCCCAAAUUUUUUUUACAUCUUUAUUUGUUGCUUGAUUGCAAAAUAUGUGGAUGGAGACGAGGUGUGACGUUCAUAAUGUUGUCAAUAUUCAGUGUUUUAUCCAUCGUAGUUAAUAUUUUAAAUCACACAUUCUUUAUUUUUAUGUACAUUCUGGACGCCUCGUUCAGUAAAAAAUGUUUUAAAUUAAAUUCCGUUUUUUAAGACAGUCUCAUAACUUUUUUUUUUUAGAACAGAAUAGAGUUUUAUUGUCAUUUUUGCAGUAAACGGGUUCAAAAAACAACGAAAUUGGAGCAGAUCCCUUAAGACAGUGGUCCCCUUGAUUGGUACCGGGCCGCAUAAUAAUUUUAUUUUUAUAAUGAAUCAACAUAAAAAACACAAGAUACACUUACAAUUAGUGCACCAACCCAAUAAAACUCUCUUUUUUAUUGACCCCAAAAAAAUUUAAUAAAAUAAUCAUAAAAAAAUAAAGAAUCCCCCCCAACCUUACCGCCAGGCCGCGGGACAAAUUAUCAAGCGUUGACCGGUCCGCAGCUACAAAAAGGUUGGGGACCACUGCCCUAAGGUGCAUAUACAAUUUGGUAAUAUAAAUAGUAAAAAAAAAGAUGGAAAUUAAGAUAUGUAUCUAUAUACAGUAUAUGUAUAUAUACAUUCAAUCUGGCCCGCCGGACAUUCCCAAAUAAUUUUUUUACAUCUUUAUUUGUUGCUUGAUUGCAAAAUAUGUGGAUGGAGACGAGGUGUGACAUUCAUAUGUUGUCAAUAUUCAGUGUUUUAUCCGUCGUAGUUAAUAUUUUAAAUCCUACAUUCUUUAUUUUUAUGUACAUUCUGGGCGCCUCGUUCAGUAAAAAAAAAUUUGAAUUAAAUUCCGUUUUUUAAGACUGUCUCAUAACUUUUUUUUUAGAAAAGAAUAGAGUUUUAUUGUCAUUAUUGCAGUAAACGGGUUCAAAAAAAUAACGAAAUUGGAGCAGAUCCCUUAAGGCAGUGGUCCCCUUGAUUGGUAUCGGGCCGCAGAAUUAUUUUAUUUUAUAAUUUUUUUAUUAAAUCAAUGUAAAAAAAAAACACAAGAUACACUUACAAUUAGUGCACCAACCAUCUAAAAAAUAUGUUUUAUUGACAAAAAAAAAAUUAAAUAGAAAAAUUAUAAAAUAAAGAAUCCCCCCCAACCUUCCCGCCGGGCCGCGGGACAAAUUAUCAAGCGUUGACCGGUCCGCAGCUACAAAAAGGUUGGGGACAACUGCCCUAAGGUGCAUAUACAUUUUGGUAAUAUAAAUAGUAAAAAAAAAAAGAUAGAAAAUAAGAUAUGUAUCUAUAUAUAUGUAUAUAUGUCCACACACAUGCAUAUAUACAUACAUAUACACAUAUACAUAUUGCACAUUAUAGUCCGAAAAACUAAAAAGACAUGACACAUGACGGAUGAUGAUUGGAUGAUGAUGAUGAUGAAAUGAUUUUAGCAUUCAAUCAGACAUUGUGACUUUUUGUAUUAGUGUUCCUAAAAAUCGUUUUUUUUUUCUCUAAAUUUGGCCCCCCGAGUUAGAACAAUUGCCCAGGCCUGUGUAACUUCAAUGACAUAGUUUUUUUUUUUUUGCUUUUUUUCUUUAAAAAAAAAAAGUAAAUAAAUAAAUACAUCACUGGGUUGUGUUUUAUAUGUAAAAAAAAAAAAAAUUAAUAAAAAUGAUGUCGCCAGGGUCCUACGAUGAAAAAAAUAAUAAAUAAAUAAAUUGAUGUCAGCAUUGAAUAACUGACUGGUUAUUAUUAUUAUUAUUAUUAUUAUUAUUAUUAUUAUUAUUAUUAUUAUAAACAGACUAAAAAGGACACAUUCAUGUCACAAGUACAGGGUUGAUGGAUGCAACUGUGUGCCAAAACUCUGCAGACAAACAUAAAAGGGUAAAUAAUCACACAUUGUACAGUUUUUUGGGGGGGGUCAUGUACAUAAUUCCAAGUGCAAAGGGUGACCUAUUCUCUGCUUUUUGCUUCUUAUUAAAUUGCGCCCCCCUUAAAGGAGAAACCCAACCAUUCCAAAGUCGCUAUCAAUAUCGCUGCUUGUAUCAAUUCCACAUAUUUGUAUGUAUCGGCGUGAUUUGAGAGGCAAAACAAAUACAAAAAAAAAAACAAUAAAUAGAAUCCAGUAGUGUACAUAGCGUAGGGUGACGUUAAGACUAGUUGAUGAUGGAGUUGAUUAUGGGAUGGCGAGUGGGAGCAUGUUACCAAAGGCUAUGAAGGGAAAGGUGAAUGUUGCAGUACUGCUGGGCUGCAUAAUGGACCUUUUUUUUUUUUUUUUUUUAGAAAAACAAACUAUUGAGUAAAAGUUAGUCCUCAGUGCAAUGUUGCUCUCUCGAUACCUCGUGUGCGUUUCUCCUCUCUUCCUCUUGUCCAUCGCCAUCAGUUGCCUGUUGCCGUGACUCCAGGAUGACCCUCGCCCACCUCUGAUGUAAUGUGGUGUACAUAAGAACUGGACUCAGCUACGGCCAGUACAUUCUCCUAUGACCUCACAGUUAACUUUCAGGUGUCUUCUUCUUCUUCUUGAAUGUGUGUGUGUGUGUGUAUGUGUGUGUGUGUGUGUGUGUGUGUGUGUGUGUGUGUGUGUGUGUGUGCGCGUGUGUGUGUUCUGUCAGCAAAGCAAACCAAUCACUACUCUCACCAAGUAUUACAGUUGUACAGUACCUUGGAUUCCAACCACAUGUAAUGUAAUGUGCUGGUCUUAGCUGCUCUGCUGUAACUUUUUUUUUUUUAAUUAUUAUUAUUAUUAUGAAUAUUAUGGCAUUAUUAUUUUCUUUUCUUUUUUUCUUUUUAUCAUUAUUAUUUUUUUUUUUUACAUGUUUAGACGAUUCUAUUGUGACCAUGUCCUAUGCAAAUAUGAAAAAUAACAAGAUUGUGGAAUAAAUGUAUGUUGUCAUAACUUCGAAUGCAUGGAAUAGUGAAGUUUACAUUUGGAAAUAAAUUCAUAAAAUAUUGCAACUUCAA